AUGGAUUGCAAUGUCAAACUUGUUUGCAUCUAUAAUUGCAGCGCAGGCAAUAGUGGUGGAUGCUGUGUAAUAAAGUUGGCAUCAACAUUCAAUGUUUCUCACAUCUCUGCAGUGAAAUGCGAAAGUCCCUGUAAAAAUUUGUUCUUCUCAGGUAGCCCAUAUGCUUCAAACAUGAAUAUUUCUUCGUGUAAAGCCACCCGUAGAGAAAUAACUGAUUGGAGCUAUGGAAACCUCUUCAUCAAAAACAAUCAAGCAACUUCAGUAUCAUAUUCCACAAUGAGAAAUAACGAAAGCCCAUGCUCUACAAUUUAUAACGACAAUCUCGUAGCAGAGAACCAUCUUCAUCAUCUUAAUAUUAUGGGUUGA